GUCCGAAUUCAUAUAAUUUAGUGAAGAAAUUCUAUUGACUCCAUUUUUUUGUAAAAUAAUACAAAAGUGCUAAAAUCAAAAAACAUACUAAGUGAGGUGUUUUAUUAACUGGAAGCAUAGCUACAUUUUUCUUAUUAUUUUUAAAUAAAAACCAUUCGAAAUGGCACAACGCGAAAGACGCUCUAAUGCUGGUAAUCGUAUGGCCAAGUUAUUAGAUGAUGAAGAAGAAGACGAUUUCUAUAAAACAACUUAUGGUGGCUUUCAAGAAGUAGAAGAGGAUAACGAUUAUGUACAAGAAAAAGAAGCUGAAGAUGUUGUAGAUUCUGAUUUUGAUAUUGAUGAAAAUGAUGAUCCAGUUUCUGAUCAAGAGACAGAUGAUAAACAGAAAAGGAAAGUUGGCACCAAGUCAUAUAAGGACCCUAACAGAAAAAGGAAAGGAACUUCAGAAAAGACGAAAAAAAUAGUUGUUAAAAAACCGAGGGAGACAAAGAUAAAGGAAGAUAAAUUUGAAAAGACUGAAAAGAUUGAUAGUUCGUUUGAUAUUUCUAUAGAACGUAAAUCGAUAAGGCAAAGUACAGCUGUAAAGUCAGCGGAGACACAAGAAAGAAUCAAGAUUCGAUCUGAGUUGAAGAAGAAAAAACCAAAGAAAGUAGAAGAGAAGAUGCCAACACAGGAGGAACUUCUCGAGGAAGCUAUACUUACUGAAAAGGAGAAUCUAAAGAGUUUAGAAAGAUUUGAGCAAAUCGAAAUGGAAAGGAAGAAGAUACGACCCACCAAGAAGACUAUAACAGGACCGGUUAUAAGGUAUCAUUCUUUUGCGGUGCCCGUACCGAUCACAGACGACGACAGGACCAGUUUAACGCCAAUAGCUGAUAUAUCGCUCAGUGAUAUUAUCAAAAGUGAAGAAGCUUUCCUCACAUCGAGCGUUGUCAAUGAUGUGUCGAUGUCCGAGGCCAAACUUGAAUCGCCCGAUGACGAGAAAGAAGAGAAAGCCACCAAAUUGGACAUAGACGUCAUCGGAGUUGAUGAAGAAUUGGACAUCGCAAAGGUGGCAAAAGAAGAAAAGCCUACCAAAUUAAAUAAAAGUAACACAAAUUACUACGAGAGGACUCUCCUUUCCUUCGAGAAUGAUAUAAAAGAUGAAGCUUUCAACGCAUGCUUCCCGCAGAAGCAGCCUAGGAGAAGACGGGAAAUGCUUUGUGCUGUUACAAAGAGACCAGCUCGUUACAUAGAUCCAAUAACCAAAUUGCCAUAUCGAAGCGUGGAUGCCUUCAGAAUAAUAAGAGAAGCGUAUUAUCAACAGUUGGAGGCUAGAGGGGACAAAAAUGAUCCUCAAACAUCUGCUUGGCUGCAAUGGCGUAGAGCUGACACCACAUCUACCUAUGUGCAAAUACAUAUCAAGUGA